AUGACUGAGGCCGGCCGCCAGCCAUGGUAUGAUGCGGAUGGCCGACCGAUCUCGCCGUACAUUGUCGGCGUGGCUGGUGGUAGUGCUAGUGGCAAGACGUCUAUUGCUAAAGAAGUAAUCCGCCUGUUGCCCAAAAUCCCAUGGGUCGCGAUUGUGAGUCAGGAUGCAUUUUACAGACCGCUGUCACCUGCGCAGACGAAGCUAGCUUUUGAACAGAACUAUGACUUUGAUCACCCUCAUGCUAUUGAUCAGGAGCUUCUCGUGCAGUGUGUCAAAGAUCUCAAGGCCUCCCGUGCCGUUCAUAUCCCCGUGUACAGCUUCACACAACACCAGCGGACCUCUGAGUCUACCUAUCUCUAUGGGCAUGCUGUCGUUGUCGUCGAAGGCAUCUUUGUUUUACAGGAUCCCGCGCUUCGCGAGUUACUCGACCUCAAAAUUUUUGUGCAGACAGACCCUGACAUCAUGCUCGCUAGGCGCAUUCGCCGCGAUAUCGUCGACCGCGGUCGCUCCGUCGAGGGUGUCCUGGACCAGUACCUGCGGUUCGUCAAGCCUUCCUUCGACACUUUUGUGAGUCCCUCUGCGCGCUACGCCGAUAUCAUCGUCCCCGGCAUGAAUAAUCAUGUCGCCAUCGAUGUAAUCAGCCAGCACAUCAGCAAGCAUCUCACACGAACUCGGGACCUGCAGUUAAUGAUGGAAGCAGAGUAUGUCUUGUCCUCGAAAGCUCAAACCCUCUCUCGCUCACCUCGGCAUAUCUUUCCACGUGCCCGUGUUCUUGUCGGUCAUGCAGCUGACGGCACACCUGCGCAUAUCGUCGAGCACGAGCCGUUUUCCGACGUCUGCGGGGAUGCCCGCCAUGAACCGCCUGGUUCUCAACAUGCGUUAAACUUCAUCGACCAGAUCCUCCCGCUUCCGCCGAACGUGUGUGUUGUUCGGCCUGGCGCUCAGCUACUCGCUCUGCUGACGAUCAUGCACAAUGCUGAUACGCCUGCAGGCGAAUUUGCAUGGGCAUGCAAGCGGGUCGGUACUUUCGUGGUGGAAGAAGCCAUGUCCCUUUUGCCAUACCGCCAGCGAUGCGUCGAUACACCCCAGGGUGAGUCGUAUCAGGGCUUGGAACUCGAUGUUCAGCACAUUUGUGGCGUAUCGAUUUUGCGGUCCGGCGCGAUUCUUGAGCUUCCAUUGCGCCGUGCUUUGCCAGCGCUUUCAUUGGGCUCCGUCCUGAUUCAAAGCUCCGAUUCCAACUACCGACCGCUGCUUUACUCAGUAGCCCUCCCCUCCUUUGUGAGGGAUCGAAAACGGGCCGAGCAUACGUGGGUCCUGCUGACAGAUGCACAGGUCGGUACGGGAGCAGCGGCCUUUAUGGCUGUGCGUGUCUUGUUGGAUCAUGGCGUGCCUGAGGACCAUAUCAUUUUACUGACGCUACUCGCUUCAGCGCGUGGCGGCCUUUGGUCUUUAUACCAUGCUUUUCCACGCAUUGUCAUUAUCACCGCAAGCGUGGAUCCUGGACUACAGCGAUUUGCGUGGAAGUCUCCUCUGGAGCAUGUCCACAAUGAAGUGCCGACACAUGCUACGCCGCUAACGACCUUGUCCUCAAUUGAUAGCCAUCAUCAUGGUCCCAUACAGCAAGCCAAUACCCCUAUCGAUAUCGGCAGGCACUCGCACGAAUCGAACGAGCGUGUAGCAUUUGCCAUCAUGCCAGGCUGUGGUCAGAUGGGCGAUCGAUUCUGGGGCACAUAG